AGCGCCGCCGCCGCAGGCGCCGGCGUGUCGUGCCGGCCGCGUGCCCGCCCCGUGCGGGGGCGGGCGGCGAUGCUGUGCGCGGCCGCGACCGCCGCUGCACCGGCCCUGGGCGCGGCGGAGGCAGAGGAGGACGAGGAUGCCCUGCCGCCUGAGUACGCGGGCCUGCUGGGCGAGCUCCUCGGCGACGAGGCCUUCCUGCGCCGGCUCGCCGGGCACCUCGGCACCGGGCAGCGGCAUGACGACGGUGCCGGUUGGCUGGGGGGCGAGCUGGGGAGCGAGCUGGCCGAGUACGUUCGCUGCGCUCUACCGGCGGGGCCCUGUCCGCCGCCGCUGCUGGGCCUGUUUGCGACCUGCUUCCGUGGCGCGCUGGAGGUGGACGCCUACCCGCCUUCGGACGACACCAUUCGGGUGAUGCCAACUAUUGCUCACCCAGCUCGCCCUCCCCCCUCCCCCUACCCCCUUGUGCGCACAGCCAACCAGCACUGCUCGGAGGCGCCCGAGGUGCCGGCCGUGGUCGUGGAGGUCGGCUGCGGCUCCGGCCUCCUCUCGGCCGCCGUGGUGCGCGCGCUGGCGGCGCGGCUGGGCGCGGCGGGCGGCGCUGGCGGUGCGGUGCCCGGCGUGUCCAUGCUGGCGACGGACCUGUACGAAGCCGCCGCCGACCUCAGCGCUCAGGUCGUGGGCCGGGAGAUCGCCGAGGCCGGGUCCGCGGAGUGGUGCUCCUUCCGCGCCGUGCGGGGCCGCUUCUGCGAGGGGUGCGCGGCCGAGGGGGUGGUCCGGGAGGACGCGGUGGACCUGCUGUUCUUCAAUCCGCCCUAUGUGCCCUCGCCCGAGGAGGAGCUUGGGGAGCAGCCGUCGGGGACCCUGCUCCCCGGCGCGCUGGCGGCCUGCUCGGGCGGCACACGGGGGAGGUCCGUGAUGGACGAGUUCCUGCGUCGCUGCGCCCGCCCCUUGCUGCGGCCAGGCGGCGUCUGCUUCGUCUGCGGCGUGGAGGAGAACGCACCCGACCAGCUGCUGGAGAUGGCCCGCGAGGAGCUGGGCCUCCAGGGCGCGCUGGUGCGCCGUGGCGUGUCGCGCGGGGAGGAAGCGCUGUGGGUGGCGCGGCUCUGGAAGGACCCGUGAGAGCCCCGGGGCUCCGAUGGCGCGGCGCCGCGGUCCCGCGGCAGCGGCGGACGCGGCGGGGCCUCGACGUGGCGCGGCCUCGGUGUGGCGCGGCCUCGGCGCGGCCGCCGC